AUGGCUUCCGCUUCCUUGUACAGGACCAAGCGCGGAGGUCACCGGUCGCCGGAGGGCUUCGCCUGCCGUGAAAGGGAAAUCACCUGUCACCAAGGUGGAAACAGCAUCACCACUGGGGAGUGCACGCAGAAAAGUGCAGGGAGCUGCGAAAAGAAUAAUUUGGAGGAGCAAACGGAAUCCCUUGACAACAAUGAUGCAGCUGAAAUGGACUGGGAAGAGGGGCACGUGGAGCACAUUGAGUAUUCUGAUGAGCUCAGAGAGACCAUCACUGUUGAGUUCAACGACGUACCUUCUUCCACUAACAAGAAGGGUGUUCGCAGGCCCACUGCUGAGGAAAAGGAGUUGGCUGAACUUGUUCACAAGGUCCAUUUGCUUUGCCUAAUAGCAAGGGGUAGAGUAGUUGACAAGGCUUGCGAUGAUACUCUUAUUCAGGCCUCAAUUCUCUCUCUUGUACCGUACCACUUACUAUGGAGUCUUUCUGAUGUUCCAAACCUGAAAGCUAUUAACCUCUACGUAGUCUUUGACAGGGGAUCUUUUAAAUCAAAUUUGGCUUUCACUAUUCAAGAUCAUGUAGGCACUGCUGAAGAGGUUUGUGCACUCUCUGUGGCAUUAUUCAGGGCACUCAACUUAACAGCUAGGUUUGUUACAAAUCUGGAUGUUGCUGGACUCAAGCCUGAUACUAAAGUGAAGGGAACAUUCAGUCAUGAUGCAUCUAGGCUUUGUACUAGGGCACUACCAUGUAGUUCUCCUUUUGCUGCUGAUAAUGUUAUUAGUUCUCCUGCUCUACUGAAAGAUAAUUCUCAAGGUAGUGUCAGAAUGAAUCAACAAAGAGGUGAUCUUGGAAAAUCAAAACAGACCUCAGCAUGCAAGAGAAGUUUAUCUAAAACUUUGUCAAGCAUAAAAUCAGAUCAUGAAAGUAGCUGUGCUUCAACAUCAAAAGAUAAAUCAGACAGCGACCAAUAUCCUUCCAGAAAUAAUGCUGAAGUACCAAAAAGAAAAGGGGAUGUGGAAUUCGAGUUGCAACUGGAAAUGGCUCUUUCAGCUACUGCUGCCAAGACCCAAAAUAAUAAACUAGCUACUCACACGAGUCAAUCGACUGUUAGCUUACAAGAUUCUAGUCCACCAUUGAAGAAAUUGCGUCAAAAUGCGGAAGCUUUAUCCAGCUCAAGUGCAAUUUGGUCAAGAAGUGCUGGAGCUCCGUUAUAUUGGGCCGAGGUAUACUGUGGUGGGCAAGCAUCAACAGGAAGAUGGGUGCAUGUUGAUGUUGUGAAUGAUCUCAUUGAUGCUGAACGGAAAGUAGAAGCUUCUUCUGCUGUUUGCAAGAAGCCUUUAAGAUAUGUUGUUGCUUUUGCUGGAAAUGGAGCCAAGGAUGUAACCAGAAGGUAUUGCUUGCAGUGGCACAGAAUUGCACAGGGCCGAGUGAAUUCAGAGUGGUGGGAUAAUGUUUUGGCACCACUAAAACAGAUGGAACUGGCAGCAACAAACAACUAUGAAGACAUGGAACUUCAAACCAGAGCCCUAACAGAGCCUCUUCCUACCAGUCAACAGGCCUACAAGGACCAUCACCUAUAUACUCUGGAGAGGUGGCUUCACAAGAACCAAAUUCUUCAUCCCAAAGGUCCUGUUCUUGGUUUCUGUAAAGGACAUCCUGUUUAUCCAAGAUCAUGUGUUCAAACACUGCAGUCAAGACAUGGAUGGUUGCGGGAGGGCCUGCAAGUCCGAGAAAACGAGUUGCCUGCAAAGGUUGUUACACGUCCAAAGAGGACUUUCAAUGCUCAGUCAGUUCAAUCAAGUGGUAACGAAGAUGGUCUUAAACCAACCUUGGAACUAUAUGGUGAAUGGCAACUGGAACCUCUACAACUUCCCCAUGCUGUAAAUGGCGUUGUGCCAAAGAAUGAACGAGGCCAAGUUGAUGUAUGGUCAGAGAAGUGCCUUCCACCUGGUACUGUACACUUGAGGUUACCAAGAUUAUUCCAGGUUGCAAAGAGACUUGGCAUCGACUAUGCUCCUGCUAUGGUCGGGUUUGAUUAUCGCAGUGGUCGGUGUCUCCCAGUCUUUGAUGGGAUUGUUGUCUGUACCGAAUUCAAAAGUGCUAUCCUGGAGGCAUAUGCAGAAGAAGAGGAGCGGAGACGGGCUGAGGAGAGGAAGCAGGAGGAGGCUCAGGCACUCUCCAGAUGGUAUCAGCUGCUCUGCUCCAUUGUAACAAGACAGAGGUUGAAGGACUUCUACAAAACACCUUCACACGGGCUUGGUAAUGAAGGGCUGCCCGAAAAUGAUAAUGUCCAUAGCAGCACUCGCAGCAGUGGAUCCACGGAAGGGGAGCCUAGUUCAAGCAAACUGCAGACAGAUGAUGACCAUGAGCAUGAAUUUCCAGAGGAAGACCAGAGCUUUGACGAGGAGACCUUUGUGAGGACGAAACGCUGCUCAUGUGGUUUUUCUAUCCAAGUAGAGGAGUUGUAG